AUGGCCCCGAUGGACGCGGUGAAAGCGGAAAACAGCAAGGAUGAAGAGCACGAUAUACAUGAAGACCCAAUUGAUGUUGAGGAGGACGAGGAGGAGAAUGACCCAGAAGUCGAUCCAGCCAGAAAGGAAUACUUGGAACGGCAACACAGACUGAAUGGGUUUCUGGCGCCAUUGGUGCUCGACGAAGCGGUUCUCUACAGACUUGCCCGUCGGUUUUCCAGCACCUACCGCCAUCUGGCUUUGAAUUCGGACCAGCAGUUUUUGCCCACUCCAGUCACCAAACUGCCCACAGGUCUUGAGACAGGCCGCUAUUUGGCUAUUGAUGUUGGAGGGAGUAAUCUACGAGUCGCAUUCAUCGAAUUGCUGGGAGAGGCGGCCGACUCUGAUAUCCGUUCCACAGACGCCUCAGCAAGAACACGGGAUACCCUUCGAAAGGCCCAAAGACAGCGCGUGCAACGAACACUAGAGAGAGCAUGGCCCAUCCAGGAGCAUUUGAAAAUGGAUAAUGCGGAGGAUCUCUUCGCGUGGAUCGGCGACUGUAUAGCGGAGGUGGUUGCGGAGAGUCUAACAUGCGACGCCACAAAAGGUAAAGUCCCGGAGGAGUUGGACAUGGGCAUCACGUUCAGUUUUCCUAUCAUGCAAGAGUCACUCGCGGAAGCCACACUGAUGCCCAUGGGCAAAGGCUUUGCAAUCACUUCGGAUCUCAACCUCCGAAAGAUCCUGCUUCAUGGCUAUGAAAAACAUACAAGACGUCCCGAUGACGAGGAUGAGCCUUCCAGCAAGCGCCGGAAAUUAUUCGCAUUGCCUAAACUUAAGAUCGCAGCCAUUACCAACGACGCCGUUGCCACACUCGCGUCCCUUGCUUACUCCGUGAAGUCCUUGCCUAACAGUCGUGUUGCGAUGGGUAUCAUUGUGGGCACGGGCUGCAAUGCUACCAUCCCGAUGAAAUUGAGCUCACUCCACGAAUCCAAGGCGAAACAUGUGAAGUCGAAGAACCCCGACGCCGAAGAAACUAUUGUGAACACAGAGUGGACCAUCUCGGGCGCUGCUCCCCCUUUGAAAGAGCUCAACAUUAUCACAAAAUGGGACGAAGAACUGGAUAGAGACUGCGCACGCCCUGGGUUUCAACCUUUUGAAUAUAUGACUGGUGGUCGUUAUAUUGGUGAAUUGAUUCGGCUCAUACUCCUCGACUACCUUGUGAAUGUGGUCGGGUUGAAUAAAAAACAAUUACCCACGACACUAUUGCAGCAAUAUGCCCUGACCACAUCAUACGUUUCAGAUAAAGUGGCUCGUCCUCGAUCAGAUGAGAGACUCGCUGCCGAAUUGAACCAAUCGUUACCUCCUCCUGAUGAUGGCGAGUGGCGCUGGGAUUCGCUCACUGCAUGCGCUUUCUGGAAGAUUGCUCGUGUCGUACAGAGCCGAUCUGCUGGGCUAAUUGCUGCAGCGGUUGUUGGAUUGCUCGCCAGCGCUCAAGAAAUCGAACUGAAGGUGGAUAGCAACGAAAACUCGCCUCAAAACUCAGCUGCCGCAUCGCCUGAGCGGAAUGGUAGCGCAAAGCUACAAAACAUCCUGAACGAACCAGAGCUGUCAGUUUCGGAGACUAGCACUUCCAGAAACGGACACAGACCGAUCGUCCCCGUUCUCCUGCCCACGACAACACCUGCAGACUGGCAAUCUGGUCCUGAAGAGCUCGUCGUAGCUUACACGGGCGGUAUCAUCCAGCAUUACCCCAAUUUCAAGGAGAUGUGCCAGCAAUAUAUUGAUCGGCUUAUUAUGAGGACAGGCCCCCAAAAGAGCGGGAAAUCGGUGUUUCUUCGAGAAGCUUCAGAUGGUGGAGUUAUCGGUGCGGGCGUGCUAGCGGGCAUGGUGGUGAACACCUAA